AUGGCGUGCAACGCAAAUUUCAAGUCUCCGUUAGAGCAGACACUUACCGGCAGCCUCCUAGAAGCUGUUCGGCACUUCUGGUUCGAACAUAUGGUGGAUGACGAGCAUUUCGUCGUCCCUGACAAAGAAGAUGCUGGACCGUGGUUCUCCCAGACCGAUGCCUUCGACGCGGCCUGUUCGUCCAAGUUCAGAGAUCCUCUUCUAGCGAUCAUGUCAACAAACGCCAGCGCUGCAGAUAUUAUCGAGGCUUCAAAGCCAAAGUCGCCUUUAGAUUGGGUCAGUCUAAUCGUGCUCCUUGACCAGAUUCCACGAAAUUGCUUCCGCGGUGCCGACGCCGGUAUCGCCUAUGACUUCUUCGACCCGAGGGCACUGGGUACUGCUCUGCAAGCCAUCAAGGCAGGCGUUCCGGAGCAUUUCCAAGUGCGGUAUAGGCAGGGUUAUCGAUUCUGGUUUUACAUGCCGCUCGAGCACUCUGAGAGAAUCGACAUGCAGGAGAUGGCAGCUAUGGAACAUGAGAAGAUGUUUACCGACAGUCGAAAGCUGAUAGAUGGUCUGAUCGACGCUGAGGAUACAGACGGGCUAUACUACCGCGAUAUACUUCCCAGGAGAAGGAAGCAAUUCGAGACUUGGGUUGGUAUUCUGCGAGGAAUGGAUGAGCAGCAUAAGGGUCUCCUUGAUCGGUUCGGCCGAUUCCCUCGCCGCAACCCAGCCCUGGGUCGUCAAUCGACACAAGAGGAGCGCGAAUACUUGCGCGGGAUGAAAGGCUACUAA